CCGGCGCGGAGGCGGAGGCGCCGGCGCGGGGCCCGCCGGGAACCGCAGUCCCGGGCGCCGCCAUUUCUCCCUCCGGCAGCGCAGGGCGCCCGGCCGCGGUGACUCUGGCCAUGGAGAGCGGCUUCGGUUCCGACUUCGGCUCCGGAGGAGGCGGCGGGGGGAAGCUGGACCCGGGGCUUAUCAUGGAGCAAGUGAAGGUGCAGAUCGCCGUGGCCAACGCACAGGAGCUCUUGCAGCGGAUGACGGACAAGUGCUUUCGGAAGUGCAUCGGGAAGCCCGGCGGCGCCCUGGACAACUCCGAGCAGAAGUGCAUCGCCAUGUGCAUGGACCGGUACAUGGACUCCUGGAACACAGUUUCGCGAGCCUACAAUUCUCGGCUGCAGCGGGAGAGAGCCAACAUGUGACGUCUACCGGCCUCCGGGCCGAGAGGGACCAUAUGGGGAAGGGACAGCGGCCAGUCCAGGUGGUUAGGGGUGAAUCCUGCUGCCCCUUCCCAGCCCUUGCCAUGGCAGAGCAAUAAAACCUCGCUGAACCUUUUGCA